CCUUCCUGGGAAACUGGAGGAGUUUAAUAUCCCUGUGUCCCAUUCCCCACUCUUUGCUUCAGCUCUCUGUCCAUCACCCUACGAUCCCCUUGCUUGGUCCAGAAGGCACAAGCGACUCAGAGGCAGGGGCCAUGUUGAUGCUUUGCCUCUCUGCAUUGGUCCUCUUUAUGCACAUCCUGGAUGCCCAUGCUGCAGGAAUGACAUCCUUUUCCAAGACAGCAGUCCCAGAAGCCUGUGCCCUCAUCAUGUGUGGCCCUGUGGAAAAUGGAUUGCCUGGAAGAGAUGGGAGAGAUGGGAGAGAAGGCCCCAGAGGAGAAAAGGGAGAUCCAGGAUUAUUAGGACCUAGAGGUCUAGCAGGGUUAACUGGAGAAAUUGGUCCCAUUGGACCCAAAGGGGAAAAUGGAUCCAUGGGGGAUCCAGGCCCAAAGGGAGACACUGGAGAAAAAGGACUCCCUGGAGCUCCAGGUGUGCCUGGUCCUCCUGGAAAAAUUGGUCUCACUGGAAAACAAGGGAAUGCAGGUCCCCAAGGUGAACAGGGACCCAAGGGAGAAGCUGGAGACAAAGGAGCCACAGGAAGACAAGGGACACAAGGUCCCACAGGCCCAAUAGGUCCACCAGGUCCUAAAGGGGAGAAAGGAGUAUCAGGUGAAAGAGGACCUCCUGGAAAUGCUGGUGCAGCUGGUCCAGUUGGAAUCUCUGGUACUCCAGGUCCCUCAGGGCCAAAAGGCUCACUUGGAGCAAAAGGUGAUAGAGGAUUACCUGGGGAGAAAGGUGCCAAAGGAGAAAGUGGUCUCACAGAAACCAAUGCUCUGAAGCAGCAAGUAGUGGCCUUACAGGAACAAAUGAGAAUCCUCCAAACAAGUUUUUCCAGGUACCAGAAAGCUGAACUGUUUCCAAGUGGUCAAGCAGUUGGGGAGAAGAUUUUCAAGACAAAUGGCCAUGAAGGUAACUUUGAGAAAGCAUUGCAAUCAUGCCAAAAAGCUGGUGGGCAAGUAGCCUCCCCCAGGAAUGCAGCAGAGAAUGCGGCUGUUCAGGAGAUUGUCACGACAUACAAUAAAGCGGCCUUCCUUGGCAUGACUGACACUAAGACAGAGGGAAAGUUCAUCUAUCUAACAGGAGAAUCACUGAGCUAUUCCAACUGGGGCCCAGGAGAGCCUAACAAUGAUCAAGGUAGAGAAGACUGCAUUGAAAUAUUCACCAAUGGCAAAUGGAAUGACAAAAGAUGUGAGGAGUCACGUCUUAUCAUUUGUCAAUUUUGAGCCACUGGUGGGGAAAGAGUUGUGCUUUGUCUGGUAUGAGUUAGCAAGGGGAUACAGUUGAUUCAGGCUGUUGCAGACUAGAGGUGGCAAGGGCUGCCUGGGGAUCAUAGAGGAUCAUCAGAUAGAGGGCCACUGUAUUGCUCAUGACUAAUAAACAAAAAUAUCAACA